GUGGGGGGCACUAACGUUUUUAUAUGCACACACACAUAUGUAUAUAUAUAUAUAUAUAUGUAUAUACAGCGAGAGCUCUAUGUGAUUCUUGGACAGAUGUCUAGGAACACAAGCGCGCACACACACACGCACUACUUGGACGUUUCUUUAGGGAUUCCUUUGCUGUCUUGACAAUUGCAACAUUUGCGCGCGCCAAAAGUAAAAUUUCUAUGCUUCACAUAAGAUAGCGAUAAGGUAGUGUAUGUGUGUGUGUGUGUGGCACGAACCACCACCAAAAGGUAACCCCUCGCUACCUUUUGCCAUGCCUGGUCGAGGGUUGUUUUGCUCGUGAUCGUUGCGCAGGCCGCGUUUGCGUCGUCGCAGCUCGCAACGCUUCAGUUAGGUUUUGACAACGGAACGCGUAGGAACAGAGCUAUAGAUGCAGCUGCAGUAAGGGGCAAGCGGGUUGCGGGAAAUAUCAUAAGAACAACAAAAACAACAACAACAACAACGGACUAUACAGUACAGCGCAAAAUUCAACGGACAUUUGUUAAAACGUUUUUUAUAAAAGUUAAUGUUGUGUUUGCGAACUAAAAGAAUUGUUUUAUUGAGUUUUUGUUAUUGAACAGCAAAUUGUUAAUUAAACAUUAAAAUAUAAUAAGAAAAGUUAAAGAAACAAAGUGUUAAAGUAACCCAAACAGAAAGCACAAAACAUGUCCUUUUCCAAAGCCAAAUUGAAGCGUUUCAACGAUGUGGAUGUCGUUUGCGGCUCUCCAGCUGCCAACUCCAAUUCGAACAGCUCGGCGGGCUCCACGGGCAGCGCCACGCCCACAGCCGCUGCAGCGCCACCGCCGCCGGAGCGCAAGGAGCAAAUCGAAAAGUUCUUCAAGGAUGCGGUGCGCUUUGCCUCCAGCUCCAAGGACGCCAAGGAGUUUGCCAUACCCAAGGAGGACAAGAAGUCCAAGGGCCUGCGUCUCUUUCGCACGCCCUCGCUGCCGCAACGUUUGCGCUUUCGUCCAGCGCCCAGCCACACUGCAGAAGCUGCAACUGGCAGUGGCGCCUCAACGGCUGCCUCGACGCCGCUGCACUCGGCCACAACGACGCCCGUGAAGGAGGCCAAGUCGGCGAAUCGGCUAAAGGGCAAGGAGGCGCUGCAGCAGGAAAUACGCAACAAGAACGAACUGAUCGAGAGCUAUCUGAGCCAGCUGGAUGUGGUGCGACGUCAUGUGGACCAGCUGAAGGAGACGGAGCUGAAGAUGCGCGAGGAGCACGAGCAGACGGCAGCCAAGACCGAACAGCUGCUGCAGGCAUUGGGCAGCGAAAAUCUGGGCCACAAGCAGCGCAACGAGCAGCUGAGCCUGGAGCAGACACAGCUGCUGGAACGGUACGCCCAACUAGAGCAGCAGCUGCAGCAGCAGCGCGAACAGCACGAGCGGCAAGUGGAGCGUCUUUUGGCCGAAAACGAGGCCUACAAGCUGGCCAAUGAGCAGCUCCAGUUGGCCUGCGAGCAGCAGCAGACCACACAGGAGCAGCUCCAGGCGCAGCUGGACGCGCUCCAAGCGGAGCUCAACGAGGCGCGGGACACAUGCAGCUCGGCACAGCAGCAGAACACAGAGCACUUGGAGCGUAUCGAGAGCUUGCAGUCGCAGAACGCCGAGCUGCUGUCAAAUGUGCAGCAGCUGAAGCAGCAAAUCGAACAGGAUGCCUUGGCCUAUGGCCAGGAGACGAAGAUCAGCCAAACGGAGCUGGAGUGCUUGCGCGUGGAGCGCAACACGCUGAAGAAUGAUUUGGCCAACAAGUGCACGCUGAUACGUUCGCUGCAGGACGAGCUGCUGGACAAGUCGUGUGAAAUCGAUGCACACUGCGAUACCAUACGCCAGCUGUGCCAGGAGCAGGCCAAGCAUGCGGAGCAGCAGCAGGCACAGCAGCAGGUGGAGAACGAGCUGGAGAGCGCCGUGGAGCGUGAGAAAUGCUAUUGGCGCGCCGAGCUGGACAAGCGCCAGAAGCUGGCCGAGAAUGAGCUCAUCAAGAUCGAGCUAGAGAAACAGGAUGUGAUGGUAUUGCUCGAGACCACCAACGAUAUGCUGCGCCAGCGCGAUGAGAAGCUACAGAAAUGCGAGGAGCAGCUGCGCAACGGCAUCGACUACUACAUCCAGCUGAGCGAUACGCUCCAACAGCAGCUGGUCCAGCUCAAGCAGGACAUGGCCAAGACCAUUACGGAGAAGUACAACUAUCAGCUAACACUGAACAACACACGCUCCACGGUCAACAUACUGAUGGAGCGCCUCAAGAAAUCCGAUGCCGAUGUGGAGCAAUACAAGGCCGAGCUGGAAUCGGUGCAGCUGGCCAAGGGCGCACUGGAGCAGAGCUAUCUAACGCUGCAAUCUGAUGCGGCACAGCUGCGCCAACAGCUCACGGAAUCGCAAACAGCUCUGGAGGCGCUGCGUAGCUCCUCGCAAGCACUACAGCAGGAGGUAUCGUUGAAAGAAUCGAUGCUGCAUGAGCUGCUAGCCAGCGAAUCGGAUACGCUGGCCAAAUUCAAUAAGAUUGCUAACUCGUUCCAGGAGCGCAUCGACGGGGAUGCCCAGCUGGCCCACUACUGUGACAUGUACAGCGAUCUGAAGCGCAAGGAUGAGACGCGUGAGCUGUAUAUGGCGGACAUGAAGAAGGCCUUGGAUGAGUUUGCCACUGUGCUGCAGUUCGCCCAGCUGGAGCUGGACAACAAGGAGCAGCUGUUGCUCAAGGUGCGCGAGGAGUGCGAACAGCUCAAGCUGGAGAAUAUUGCGCUCAAAUCGAAGCAACAGCCGACUGUGGCCAUAUUGACGCCCAGCAAGGCGAACAAACCGAAUACCACAGAUCUGGAGAAGAUUGAAGAUCUGCUCAUCGAUUCGGAGCUGCGUGCCGAAUGCGAUAAGAUCACCUCCUGGCUGCUCAACUCAUCCGAGAAGAACGUCCGGCAGGAUAACAACAAUGAGCUCAGCGAGCUGCUCGCCUGUAAAUCGCCCAAGACGCGCACACCGCGCACCCCCCACAGUCCACGGACGCCGCGCACACCCAAAUCGGCGGCCAGCACGCCCAAGAAAUCGCUGAUCUUUGCCAGCGGCAAGGAGAACGUGCCCAGUCCGCCGCAAAAGCAGGUGCUCAAGGCGCGGAAUAUGUAAUAGCAAACGCUUGACGCAACGACCGGAAACGAAAUUCAAACGAAAUUAGGCUAAAUUUUUUCCAAUUAAUUAUUAUAAAUAAGUUAAGAG